AGCUGCAAGAGAGGUGAGCCAUCUUCCCCCGGCAGAGUGAACUCACAGAGCCUGGACGAGACGAACACGGGAAAUCAGAUGGGGAUCCCGGUGUCAUUUGCAGGCAGAGAAGAUUUUAAGACAACAGGACAACCGAUGUCAUUGGGGAAGGAAGAUAUCUGAAGGAAACAUCAGAGUUUGUGCUCCAGAGCUGACCGAGGAAUACAGCAGAGAAGAGCCUCUUACAUUAAUACAAAGAAAGGAAAAAAUUGAGCGUGGAGAUUAAUAACCAGCUGAUAACCGUAUAUAACCCAGGAAAAUACAGAGUCCAGAACAUAUGUGGUAUAAAUCAGCAUGUAGUUCUUACAGUGCGAAUGGUGUACAGCAUCACCACUAAAUGUAAACAAACAGCUAGUCAAGCUAGCUGAAGUUAGCCGAUUGGGGGUUAGCUUCAUAGUAUCACUGAGCUAAUAUAAGGUAGUUUUACCAAAGCAGAACGAAAGUAAACCAACCCGAACAAACCUGGCGUCGGGUUCAAAACCCAACUGAACCUCAUUAUAGUCGUCUGCAUCAACUGACAACUGUUGGCGUUGAAACCAGUAUGCCGCUAUUAGCAUAAUUAGCAUUUUAGCUAACGUCGGCUAGCUCGUAUUUGCAUUAGCAGCUCAGCAUAAUAACAUUAAACCAACACACUAAAUGUAGAACAAAAAGACAUUUGGCAAUAGUCGCGCUACGUUUGUUUUGGCGUCGAUUGACGCGAAUCUUUUUGGUAUGAGAUAUAUUUAACACUUGGUAGAAGUGUUAAUGGUACAAUAGAGAGUCUAAACAUCCAGUGGAGCCCAGUUGAUUGGCCAGAAAGAGGACGAGGUCGGGAUGAAGGAAAACAACUCAAUGACAUCUUAAAGAGUUAAUCACAUCGCUGUCCUUAUCCAGCGUUGUUGUAACUCUGUCUGACUUCUUAGCACCACACCGUUAGCGGGGACAUGUUUUCACUUUAUUUCUACACUGUCGGUGUGUUUGACAGUAACCAUACUUAGUUUGGGUCUGUGGUCCGCUCAGCAGCAGCAGCAUUAGUCUCCAAUAAUACAGUCAGAUACAAGACAGGCCUUCUGUUCAAAGUAGUGGCUGUACAUGGAGCCAAAACUCAGCCAGGCACCAUGACUAGUAGUUCCGUCUGAAACCACCUCUUAACAUAGAAGAAGUUACAUAAAUCUACUUUUUAACUUGUGAGUUUAUCCCACAGAGUACUUAAAGGAGACCACCACAUUGUCAGCCUGUAUUAUGUAGCUGUGUUUGAGGCCCAGCGGUAAGCCUCUCAGCUGUGUUUUGGUUGCUAGUUCCUCCCCUCCCCCAGCCUCCACACUCUUCAAUUCUCCCCGAGUGUUGGACACUGUCCGCCGGGGUUCCCUGUUGAUUUUUAGACCGAAGAAAGACCGUGGCCUCAAGUCGCAGUCCUCUGGACUCCGGAGCAGUUAAAAAGUGGAUGUAAUGGAACUGAUGUUCGCCGAGUGGGAGGAUGGGGAGAGGUUCUCCUUCGAAGACUCGGACCGGUUCGAGGAAGACUCUCUGUGCUCCUUCAUCUCAGAGGCCGAGAGCCUCUGUCAGAACUGGAGGGGAUGGAGGAAGCAGUCUGCUGGACCCAACUCCCCUACUGUCAAGAUUAAAGAUGGUCAGGUGAUUCCACUGGUGGAAUUGUCAGCAAAGCAGGUAGCGUUCCACAUCCCAUUCGAGGUGGUGGAGAAGGUCUACCCCCCUGUCCCUGAACAGCUCCAGCUCCGGAUUGCCUACUGGAGCUUCCCCGAGAACGAGGAGGACAUCAGGUUAUACUCCUGCCUGGCUAAUGGGAGUCCAGAUGAAUUCCAGCGUGGAGAGCAGCUCUACAGGAUCAGAGCUGUCAAAGAUCCCCUGCAGAUCGGUUUCCAUCUCAGUGCUACAGUGGUGUCCAGUCAGGCCGGUCAGUCUAAAGGGGCCUACAAUGUGGCAGUCAUGUUUGAUCGCUGCCGCAUCACUUCUUGCAGCUGCACCUGUGGUGCUGGGGCCAAAUGGUGUGCCCAUGUGGUGGCACUCUGCCUUUUCAGGAUCCACAAUGCAUCAGCAGUGUGUCUGAGGGCUCCAGUCUCUGAGUCUUUGUCAAGGCUGCAGAGGGACCAGCUCCAAAAGUUUGCCCAGUACCUCAUCAGUGAGCUGCCUCAGCAGAUUUUACCAACAGCUCAACGACUGCUGGAUGAGCUGCUGUCCUCUCAGUCAACUGCCAUCAACACUGUGUGUGGAGCUCCAGACCCAACAGCAGGCCCUUCAGCAUCUGAUCAGAGCACCUGGUAUUUGGACGAGUCGACCCUCAGCGACAACAUUAAAAAGACUCUGCACAAGUUCUGUGGGCCCUCACCUGUUGUCUUCAGUGAUGUAAACUCCAUGUAUCUGUCGUCCACGGAGCCACCAGCCGCUGCUGAAUGGGCGUGUCUGCUGCGACCUCUGAGGGGUCGAGAGCCAGAAGGCAUCUGGAACCUUCUGUCCAUUGUUAGGGAGAUGUUUAAGAGACGGGACAGCAAUGCUGCCCCGCUACUUGAGAUUCUCACUGAGCAGUGCCUCACCUAUGAACAGAUCAUCAGCUGGUGGUACAGUGUUCGGACCUCAGCAUCCCACAGCAGUGCCAGUGGCCACACCGGGCGCAGUAAUGGCCAAUCAGAGGUGGCAGCUCACGCCUGUGCCAGCAUGUGUGACGAGAUGGUGGUGCUAUGGAGGCUGGCAGUACUGGACCCCACUAUGAGCCCCUGCAGGCGUCUGGAACUGGCAGGCCAGCUGAAGCAGUGGCACCUGAAAGUUAUAGAGAUAGUGAAGCGGGGACAACAUCGCAAGUCCCUGGAUAAACUGUUCCAGGGCUUCAAGCCUGCUGUGGAGUCCUGCUAUUUUAACUGGGAGGUGGCCUACCCACUGGAUGGCAUCACCUACUGCAGCGCUGACAAGAAGAGUGCCACAUUCUGCUGGUCCAGGGCCGUGCAGCACCAGAGAGGAGUCAAAGCUGCUGCAGGGGCAGCUGGAGAAUCUUCUGAACCAGGGGGAGGAGGGAGGGCUGAAGGCGGAGUGGCAGGUGAAUAUAAAGUAAGAGGUCAUUCAUCCCAACAGGAGGUGGCAGUGCGACCCAAGGAGACCAUACUGACUAAGAGGAAGGGUCUGUCAGUGAGCGGAGGGGGAGGGAUGCUGGUCCGUCUGGGAGGAAGCGUCUCUUUGUCCCUAGAAGAUGGAGGAGGGAAGUGCAUGUACAAAGGACCAGGCUCCUCCUCUGGAGGGAAGCUUAAACUAACACAGGGAAGUGGGAAGGGAGCUUCUGUAGGAGGUCCUGGAGGAAGUGGAGGGAUAGGAGGUGGUAAGCAUGCCUGUGUCAAGAGAAGAACCAGCAGUGAGGACAGCUCCCUGGAGCCAGAUCUGGCUGAGCUCAGCCUGGAUGACGGUUGCAGUCUUGCUCUGGGGGCUGAGGCCAGCAACACUUUUGAGUUUCUCCCCCCACCACCAGAGAUGCUGCCCUCACCAAGUCCACUUCUCCGAGACUCUCGCAAGUAUAACAACAGCAGCGGGGGGAGCAAGAUGUUUGAAGCAAAGCGUGUCAACCACGCCUCCUCGGCUCUCCUUCCUGCUGCAGAGCCUGCACCGCCUUGCUUUCCUUCCAAAGAGACAGUGCUGGUUGUCAUGGACGUACCCAGCACUGCAGAGAAGGGAGCGGAGCUGGAGGUGGAGUCUGUCCAGAACAAAGAUGAAGAUGUAGACUCUGCUGGCAGUAACCAACCAUCCACCUCAACCACUACGGCAAAAUCAGGUACCAGUCAAAAUUCUGCCAAGCCUCCGCGGGCCCGCAGGGAGGCGGCCUCUGCUGGAGCAGCUGCAGGGGUCGGAGGAGCGGCUGCCGGCGGAGCAGCUAACCCAGGAGCAGAGGCGGCGGGUGGAGCUGCAGCAGGAGAAGCAGUGGGUGAGGACGACUAUCAGGCAUACUACCUGAGUGCUGCCUCAGAGGAGGGAGCAGACAGACCCCUGGCUGACAACCACCAGGAGGAGGAGCCAGACAUCUUCGCAGGGAUGAAACCACUGGAGCAGGAGGGACGCAUGGAGGUGCUAUUUGCAUGUGCGGAGGCCCUUCAUGCUCAUGGCUACAGUAAUGAGGCGUGCAGGCUGGCGGUGGAGCUGGCCAGAGACCUGUUAGCCAACCCUCCAGACCUGAAAGUGGAGCAGCCCCAAACUAAGGGUAAGAAGAGCAAGGUGUCAACCAGCCGUCAGACCCAGGUCGCCACUAACAUGCUGUCAAAAGCCGCCUUCCUCCUCACUGUUCUCAGUGAAAGACUGGAGCUCCACAACCUGGCCUUCAGCACCGGCAUGUUCUCCCUGGAGCUGCAGAGACCACCGGCAUCUACCAAAGCUCUGGAGGUGAAGCUAGCCUACCAGGAGUCAGAGGUGGUGGCUCUGUUGAAGAAGAUUCCUCUGGGCCUGGUGGAGAUGUCGGCCAUCAGAGAGCGAGGCGAGCAGCUCCGAGAUGGAAACUUCUGUGAUUACAGACCUGUGCUGCCUCUCAUGCUGGCCAGCUUCAUCUUUGAUGUACUGUGUACCCCAGUUUGUGCAGUUGUGUCCCCAACGGGUUCCCGUCCACCCAGUCGUAACCGUAACAACGAGAUGCCUGGUGAUGAAGAGCUGGGCUUCGAGGCUGCUGUCGCUGCACUUGGUAUGAAGACCACCGUCAGUGAGGCGGAGCAUCCUCUGCUGUGUGAAGGAACCAGACGAGUCAAAGGUGACCUGGCUCUGGCUCUCAUGAUCACCUAUAAGGAUGACCAAAGCAAGCUCAAAAAGAUACUGGAUAAAUUAUUGGACAGGGAGAGUCAGACCCACAAGCCCCAGACUCUCAGCUCCUUCUACUCCAGCAAGCCAGCGGCUGGCAGCCAGCGCAGCCCGUCCAAACACACUGCCACCAGCCACUCUGGGGUGAGCGGGGCAAGCGGGGUGGUCUCCAAACACGCACCCUCAUCUUCAUCUGCAACCACCGUGGCGGCAUCUUCUUCCAGCUCUUCCUCUGUUGUGGCAGCGGCUGGUGAAGAGGUGGCUAACCAGGCUGAUCUCAACCCUGUACAAAACAACACAGCAGGAGAGCGCACUGCUGAAGCCAGGGAGCACGUGUCUGAUGGGCCUGCUUCGUCAAAUGACCAGCAGAAUGAAACCGCUCCAUUUAAGCUGGAGGCCACAGUGCCCAGUCGGCUGGCCCUGGGGGCCCGCUGCGGCUACAGCCAACGCUGCUGGGGCUCGCCUGUCCGACAGAAGAAAAAACACACCGGCAUGGCGAGCAUCGACAGCAGUGCUCCAGAGACAACCUCAGACAGUUCCCCAACGCUCAGCCGACGGCCGCUCAGAGGGGGCUGGGCAGCAACAUCGUGGGGGCGUGGCCAGGACAGCGACAGCAUCAGCAGCUCAUCGUCUGAUUCGCUUGGCUCCUCCUCGUCCAGCGGCUCUCGCAGAGCAGGGGGCGGGGCCAGAGCUAAGAGCACUGACACCAGCAGAUACAAAGGCCGACGUCCAGAGUGCCAUGCCCCCCACGUGCCCAACCAGCCAUCAGAGGCAGCAGCCCACUUUUACUUUGAGCUGGCCAAGACGGUGCUGAUCAAAGCCGGAGGAAACUCCUCUACCUCCAUUUUCACCCAGCCCUCAGCCAGCGGGGGCCACCAGGGGCCCCACAGAAACCUGCACCUGUGUGCCUUUGAGAUUGGCCUGUAUGCUCUUGGCCUCCACAACUUUGUGUCACCCAACUGGCUGUCCAGGACCUACUCGUCCCAUGUGUCCUGGAUCACUGGCCAGGCCAUGGAGAUUGGCAGCGCUGCCCUCAACAUUUUGGUGGAGUGUUGGGACGGUCACCUCACCCCCCCUGAGGUGGCAUCCCUUGCCGACAGAGCUUCGCGGGCCAGGGACCCCAACAUGGUUCGAGCAGCAGCAGAGCUGGCCCUGAGCUGCCUGCCUCACGCUCAUGCCCUCAAUCCUAAUGAAAUCCAGAGAGCACUGGUGCAGUGCAAAGAGCAGGACAAUGUGAUGCUGGAGAAGGCUUGCAUGGCAGUAGAGGAAGCCGCUAAGGGUGGAGGUGUGUACCCUGAGGUUCUGUUUGAGGUGGCCCACCAGUGGUACUGGCUGUAUGAGCAGUCAGUGGGUGGGGGCCCAGGCCAGCAGCGGGAGACCUCUGGGCGCUGUGGGGCCAACGGAGGCUCGGGCAGGAGGCCCCCGGAGUCCACCUGUGUUGUCCUUGACACUGGAGCCAACAUAGAGUCUACUGGGGUGGCAACAGUCACAGCCUCAGUCACUGCAGCAGCCGUGGUACCGGUCAUCUCAGUGGGCUCCACCAUCUAUCAGUCCCACACCAUGCCCGGGCAGGCCAUGGCUCAUCCCCACAGCCAGGGCCUUCACCCCUACACCACCAUCCAGGCCCAUCUUCCCACCGUCUGCACCCCCCAGUACCUGGGACACCCUCUGCAGCACGUCCCCCGACCCACUGUCUUCCCUGUAGCUGGGGCUGCAUAUCCACAGGGGAUGCACCCAGCCUUUAUCGGUGCCCAGUACCCUUUCUCAGUGGCCACUGGCCCCCAGCCCCCUAUGGCAGCCACUGCUGUGACCUUCCCUGGUGUCCCUGUACCGUCCAUGACUCAGAUCGCCGUCCAUCCCUACCACGCUGAGACCGGCCUGCCCCUCAGCACCACUGUAGCAGUUGGCAGCGUCCACUCGGGCCCCAUUCAGGCCAUACAGGGGACAUCUCUGCCCUCGCUCUCCUCCCAGCCUGGUUCACUGCUGAGCACUCCUUUCCCAGUAGAGGAUGAGCAGCACAGCCAGCCAAUCAGCCAACAAGGCCUGCACUACUUGCAUUCUGCCUACAGAGUUGGCAUGCUGGCACUGGAGAUGCUGGGCAGGAGGGCUCACAAUGACCACCCCAACAACUUCUCCAGGAGCCCACCUUACACUGAGGAUGUCAAAUGGCUGCUGGGACUGGCUGCCAGACUAGGAGUCAACUAUGUGUACCAGUUCUGUGUGGGAGCAGCAAAAGGUGUCCUCAGUCCAUUCGUCCUGCAGGAGAUCAUCAUGGAGGCGUUGCAGAGGCUGAACCCCGCACACAUCCAUGCCCACCUCCGAACACCUGCUUUCCACCAGCUCGUCCAGCGCUGCCAACAGGCCUACCUGCAGUACAUCCACCACCGGCUCAUCCACCUGACUCCUGCUGACUACGAUGACUUUGUCAAUAUAAUCCGCAGCGCUCGAGGUGCUUUCUGCCUCACGCCUGUGGGUAUGAUGCAGUUUAAUGACGUGCUGCAGAACCUGAAGAGAGGCAAGCAGACCAAGGAGCUGUGGCAGCGCAUCUCCCUGGAGAUGGCCACCUUCUCCCCCUGAGCAGCAGCUCACAGGGAGAGUGUUCUGGGUCUGGCCCUGGGAGGAGGAGUCCCAUCCAGCGCCAGCUCAGCCUCCAGCAUUGCUACUGCCACUGCACUGAGUGGGCUACAUUCACGCUGUUUGGUUCUGUUAGGGACCUUGCUCUCUGCUAGGUGGACUCAAACAAACACAGCACACAGGCAGUACAAUCAGCUCCCGUGCCCUCGACCCACAGACUUCCUUUUUUUUGUGUGUGUUCAUCCAGCCAGAGGUCAGAGGAGGAGCCAGGUCUCCGCCAUGCUCUCCUCUGUUCUUGACUGACUCCUCACUCCCGUUUCUUAUGGUUCAUGUUUGUGUAACUGUGGAAUUAAAAUGUACUCCUUCCUUUCUUCAUCUUACUCGUCUCUUCCAUUUCCCUAAUCCCGAGGACAUUUACGGAGAUCUGUCAGCCUCCAUCCUCGAGUAUUUUGUAGUUUUGUUUUGUUUUGAACCACUCAGCGUGGGUUAUUUCCAUGCUGCAACAUUCCUGUCCACAGUGGUAGGUGCUGUGAGGCAUCAUUCACCAAAUGCUUGUCACUAUGGAUCUGAAUCUUUGCAGUGUGGGAGAAGAGGAAGAUUUGCAAGGAAAAAAAGGUUUAAUAUGAGAAAUUAUAUUGUGAGUACAGGUGAGGAUUUUUCAGUAUUUUGUUCAAUCUUUUUUGAUACUUUGUAUAGAAUAUAACAUGUAUGCAGAGAGGAAUGGGAAGAGAAUGAGAGAAUGUUAAAGGUGCUGUUGUUGUUGUUGUGUGGGAUCCAUAUUUACAUUUCAGCCUGCCUGAGGAGUGACAUGAAAACAGCUUCAGACCAAAACCAGAGGCACCUAACCACUGCUGGGCCCAGCUGUUAGAACAUCUGGAUCAGUCUGUUGUUAGGACUUAUCAGUAGGGCUGGGUAUCAUCUUACUUUUAUUGACUUUCUGGUUAUUUAGACUUCCUUAAGGCCAGAUUACUAAUAUUUUUUCAAAUUUUAUUUUUUUUCUAAACUCAAAUCUGUUUUGUUUUUUAACAAUUUAUUAUUUGAUUAUCAUUAAAAAAAAUUAAGAAAGGAGCAUUAGAAUAUACACCAAGUGAUCAAAGAGUUUCCAUGAGAAGAAACAAAGCAUCUGGUGUCACAAGAUUUGAUACUCAAAUCAGUGUGUACUCAAAAAAUAUUGAGAUUUCAUACCCAGCCCCUCUCCUCAGCAUCCAAAUGACUGACCAGUUCAAAUACAGUCCCAGAUGCUUCCCAUUGAACGGUAAAGGGAAUCAGCUGUGCACUGAUCUUUAUUGAGGUUGUGCAGAUCUGCAGUUGACAAACUAAUCAGUUCAUCCUCAUCUUUCCAAGUUUUAAUUCUUGUGAAACCCCCAUUCACCAGAACCCCCAUUCUGGUGAAACAAAGUUUAGCAAAGCCCCCACUACAGCUACGAUUGGUCGUUUUGUCCCUCAACAGUCACAGGAGACAGUAAGACCAUUCCAAAACAAGUCACACAAAGACGAGAUGUAUCCUAAUUCCUAAGUGUUUCCAAAUUGUCUUGUUUGGUUUACUUGAGGGAAAAGCGGCGUGAGAUCUUAGUAGCUGGUUUGUACCUUGUACCUUUUCACUGGGAAGCCCCUGGUACUGCCACACACAGUGGAUCAGUCGGUUCCAUACAGGGCUAAAACAGGCUGUGUCUCAUUUUUUUU